CCAUCCUUCCCAGUUUCCGUUUGUAUCUCUCUCUCUCUCUCUCUCUCUCCACUUCAAGACACCAUCUCUGUGUCUCUCCCUUUCUUUGCCCUCCACCAUGGCUGUGGACAAAAAGCUUCCCUUACAGUCGAGCAACAACGCCAAUGUCACCGCAGCAGCACCGCAGCGAUCCACGGCCGCCGGUGGCAAGACCAUCGAAGAGACAUACCAGAAAAAGACCCAGCUUGAGCACAUCUUGCUCAGGCCCGACACCUACAUCGGCUCCAUCGAGAAGCACAGCCAGACCCUCUGGGUCUACGAGAACAACGAAAUGGUCCACCGCUCCGUCUCCUACGUGCCCGGCCUCUACAAGAUCUUCGACGAGAUCCUCGUCAAUGCCGCCGAUAACAAGCAGCGGGAUCCGUCGAUGGACUCCAUCAAGGUGGUGAUUGACGUGGAGAUGAAUUUGAUAAGCGUGUACAACAGUGGGGAUGGCGUUCCGGUGGAGGUUCACCAGGAGGAAGGCGUUUACGUUCCGGAGCUGAUAUUCGGUCAUCUCCUGACGAGUAGUAACUAUGACGAUACGGUCAAGAAGACCACCGGUGGCCGGAACGGAUACGGCGCCAAGCUGACCAACAUCUUCUCGACAGAGUUCGUGAUCGAGACAGCCGAUGGAAAGCGACAGAAAAAGUACAAGCAGGUGUUCUGUAACAAUAUGGGAAAGAAAUCUGAUCCAGUGAUAACAAAGUGCAAGCAGGGGGAAAACUGGACAAAAGUCUCGUUUAAGCCUGACUUGGCAAAAUUCAACAUGACUCAUCUCGAAGAUGAUGUCGUUGCCCUGAUGAAAAAGCGGGUGAUUGACUUAGCUGGAUGCCUUGGAAAGACUGUGAAGGUUGAGCUCAAUGGGCAACGUGUUCCAGUGAAGUCUUUCGUUGACUAUGUUAACCUCUACCUUCAAUCUUCCUCCAAAGCCAGACCUGAUCCCCUCCCAAGAAUUGCAGAGAAGGUUAACGACAGGUGGGAGAUAUGUGUGAGUCUAAGUGAAGGGCAGUUUCAGCAGGUGAGCUUUGUAAAUUCGAUUGCAACAAUCAAAGGUGGGACUCACGUUGAUUAUGUCACCAACCAGAUUACGAACCAUAUAAUGAGUCUUGUAAAUAAGAAGAACAAGAAUGCUAAUGUCAAAGCACACAUGGUGAGGAACCAUCUAUGGAUUUUCGUCAAUGCUCUUAUUGACAACCCUGCUUUCGACUCUCAAACGAAAGAGACUUUGACGAUUCGCCAAAGCAGUUUUGGAUCCAAAUGUGAACUCUCCCAAGAGUUCCUGAAGAAAGUGGCCAAGUCUGGGGUAGUUGAAAGUCUAUUGUCAUGGGCUGAUUUCAAGCAGAGCAAAGAUCUUAAAAAAACUGAUGGGACGAAGAGACAGAGGAUUACUGGGAUUACCAAGCUAGAAGAUGCUAAUGAUGCUGGAGGGAGGAACUCUGAUAAAUGUACCUUGAUUUUAACAGAAGGAGAUUCAGCAAAGGCCCUUGCGAUGGCUGGCAUUUCCGUCGUGGGAAGAAAUUUUUAUGGUGUGUUUCCAUUGAGAGGUAAAUUGCUCAAUGUGAGGGAAGCAAGCCAUAAGCAGAUAAUGGAGAAUGCAGAAAUCCAGCAUAUCAAACAGAUUCUUGGACUCCAGCAUGGAAAAGAGUAUGACAGUGUCAAAUCUUUGAGAUAUGGUCAUUUGAUGAUCAUGACUGAUCAGGACCAUGAUGGCUCCCAUAUUAAAGGGCUGCUAAUUAAUUUCAUUCAUUCAUUCUGGCCCUCACUGCUAAGGAUUCCUUCUUUCAUGGUAGAGUUCAUUACACCUAUUGUGAAGGCUACUUACAAAAAUGGGAAAAUAUUAUCGUUUUACUCCAUGCCUGAAUAUGAGUCCUGGAAGGAGAGUUUGGGAGGCCGCGCCAGUGGCUGGUCUAUUAAGUAUUAUAAGGGGUUGGGAACAAGCACAUCAAAGGAAGGGAAAGAAUACUUUAAAGAUCUUCAGAAACACAAAAAAGAAUUUCGUUGGGAAAAUGAUCAAGAUGGUGAUGCAAUUGAGCUUGCCUUCAGUAAGAAGAAAAUUGAGGCAAGGAAGAAUUGGCUUAGACAGUUUGAGCCUGGCACUUAUCUUGAUCAGAAGGAGACGCUUAUAAAGUACAGUGACUUUGUGAACAAGGAGCUUAUAUUGUUUUCCAUGGCUGAUCUUCAACGGUCAAUUCCUUCAAUGGUUGAUGGUCUGAAACCUGGUCAAAGGAAGAUCCUUUUCUGUUCUUUCAAGCGCAACUUUGUCAAGGAAGCAAAAAUUGCUCAAUUCUCAGGUUAUGUAUCAGAGCAUUCGGCUUACCAUCAUGGGGAGCAGAGUCUUGCUAGUACCAUUAUUGGCAUGGCACAGGAUUAUGUGGGCAGCAAUAACAUAAACCUUCUUCAACCCAAUGGACAGUUUGGCACUCGUCACCAGGGAGGCAAAGAUCAUGCCAGCGCUAGGUACAUAUACACUCGCCUUUCUCCUAUCACAAGGUUCCUUUUCCCUAAAGAGGAUGAUAUCCUUCUUGACUACUUGAACGAAGAUGGACAAUCCAUUGAACCUACUUGGUACAUGCCUAUCAUACCAACGGUACUAGUCAAUGGAAGUGAAGGGAUUGGAACAGGAUGGAGCUCCUACAUUCCAAAUUAUAAUCCCAGGGAUAUUGUUGAAAAUGUGAGGCAUUUAUUGAAUGGUGAGCCGAUGGAGCCCAUGGAUCCAUGGUACAAAGGAUUCAGGGGAACUAUAGAAAAAACAGCAACAAAGGAAGCUGGAGCUAGCUAUACUGUCAGUGGAAUUAUAGAGGAAGUGAAUGAAACUACACUCAGGAUUAUAGAGCUUCCCAUUCGACGAUGGACUCAGGAUUAUAAGGAGUUCCUGGAAUCAAUUAUGACAGGAAAUGAUAAAGUUAAGGAUCCAUUUAUCAAGGAUUACAGAGAGCAUAAUGAUGAUACCACUGUACAUUUUGAGGUUCUUUUGUCUGAGGAGAACCUGAUCAUGGCCAAACAAGAGGGAUUGCUAAAGAAAUUUAAAUUGACAACUACAAUCAGCACUAGCAAUAUGCACCUAUUUGAUCCAAAAGGCGUCAUUAAGAAAUAUGAUAACCCUGAACAGAUUCUUGAGGAGUUCUUUCAUGUGAGGCUUGAAUUCUAUGAGAAGAGAAAGAAAGUUCUGUUGGACAAUCUUGAAAUGGACUUGUUGAAACUGGAGAACAAGGUUCGGUUCAUACUUGGGGUUGUGAAAGGAGAGAUCAUUGUGAGCAAUAGGAAGAGAGCUGAGCUGCUUCUCGAGCUGCGGGAUAAAGGUUUUACUCCUUUCCCAAAGAAAACAAAAAAUGCGGAAGCUGUAGUUGCUGGGGCCGCUGAUGAUGCAGAAGAUAGUGAAGAGAGCCCGGAGGUGGUUGGCACCAAAGGAGUCCAGGCUAGUGAUUAUGAGUACUUGCUGUCAAUGGCUAUUGGAACCUUGACGCUCGAGAAGGUUCAGGAGCUCUGUGCAGAUAGGGAUAAACUCAACGAAGAAGUUGAUGACUUGAGGAAGGCAACACCGAAGUCUUUGUGGGUCAAAGAUCUUGACGCUCUGGAGAAAGAACUUGAUGAACAAGAAAAAAGUGAUACCCAGGCAGAGGAGGCUAGAAAGGAGAUGAAAAGCAAGAUCAUGAGAGAAGCUGGUCUUAAGGCAUCCAGGCAAGCACCCAAAAACCCAAGGAAGAAUAUCAAAAAGGCCAGCAAUGCAGAAUCUGUUUCAGAAACAACAGAAACAUCAACCACCUCUUCUAUGGAAACGGAUAAAGUUCCUGAGGUGAAACCAAAGGGAAAAAGAGGUCCAAAGAAGGCUCCAGCUAAACAGGAAAAGCGAUCUUCGGUUUUGAAAGAUGAAGAUGAGGAUGAUGAAGUACUGGAGCUAAAAGAUCGACUUGCUGCUUACAACCUUGAAUCUUCUCCCGAUCACUCGGAAGCCAUGGAAACAGAGCUGCCUCAAGCGCCGCCGGCCAGGAAGAAAGAGCCCAGUAUAAGAGCUGCAGCAAAGAAAGCUUUGUCAACUGUGACAGAUAUUUCUGAUGAUGAUGAGGAGGAAGAGGAGUACAUAAGCGAUGAUGAAGAUUUUGAUCUUGAAGUGGUUACUGCACCGCCAGUGGGGAACAAGAAGGGAGGUAAAAAGCCAGCGGCGAAUGCAAAGGGAGGUAAACCACCAGCAAAGAAGAGAGGGCCAGCUAGUAAGCAGUCUAAUGUAAUCGGCCAGAAACUGAUCACUGAAGUUCUGAAGCCGGCAGAAAACGUAGGGAUUUCACCUGAGAAGAAAGUGAGGAAGAUGAGAGCAUCUCCAUUCAACAAGAAAAGCAGCUCAGUUCUGGGAAAGGUGGUGGUUGGUGAGGAGGAGGAGGAGGAGGAGGAGAACGUUUCAACAGGAAGUCAAGAUGCUGUGGCAUCUGGUUCAAAUGCAGAUAGUGCUGCUGAGGAUACAGGUAAAUUUGUGGCUCCUAGUAGGAGGAGGCCUCCUCAGAGGAUGAAUCGCGGCAAGGCAAGGUAUGUUGUGAGCGACUCUGAGAGCGAUAAUGAGGAGGAGGUCAGCCAGGAUUCAGACUUUGAUGAAGACGACGAUUAGGAUUAGGUGGUUGUUUGAUUGAUAUAUCUAGGAAAGGGAAACAAUAAACUCAUUUCCCAGCUGUCAUCAGUUCACUGUACAACUGUUGUGAACACUCUCGAUUGUUAGUGGUUUCUUUCUCAACUAAAUAUUUGAAUUACAA